AUGAUGAAUCGGGCUUUCUGGGAUGCGAUAUUUCUCAUUACUGGUUCCCUCUUUACAUAUGGAACAAGCCAGGAUAAUUCCACUAUUGUUACUAAUUCUACAAUGACCACCACACCUCCUGUAACUACCACCACUACCACUGUAAAUGUUACUACCUCUUCUACUACCACCACCAGUAUCACCACUACAACCACCAUUCCAGUGAAAAAGUUUGUUGCAGCAGCUGUUCGAUCCCACUUCGAUGACUGUCCUGACUCCCACAGCCACUUCUGUUUCCAUGGCACCUGUCGUUUCUUGAUUCUGGAGGAGACGCCUGCAUGUGUCUGUCACCAAGGCUUCGUAGGGAUGCGAUGUGAGCACGCCGACCUGCUAGCUGUGGUGGCCACCAAUCACAGGCAACAGACAGUUGCCACGGUGCUAGUUCUUUGCUGGUGGAGGCGGGACGGUUUGGGGCGGAGGCACAGACUCCACUGUGCCCCAGAGAAACAAGGCAGUAUGCUGAAGGGCCGAGGGUCCUGCUGUCACUCUGAAAGUGUGGUGUAA